GUCCGUGUUUUUGCAAAGCCUCUCUCUAUCCAACCUCAGCCUCAAAGCCCUCAAAAACCCCACUAGCCUACCAAAAGGCAUCCAGGACCAGAGGAGGAGCAGAGAUUUUCCCUGAGAAACCUCCAUCCCUGUGUGAUCUCCUCUAACGGGAGAACUGAAGUGAUGGCGGGUUGCGCGGAGGAUUCGUGGAUUUUUGCUUGACAGGCACCAGAAUCUUCUGUUGGAUUAGUUGAUUGGUUUAUUUAUGGGGGAUUUGCAUUUACCUACUGAAAAAUGCCUUUUGCCAAACGGAUCGUUGAGCCCCAGCUCCUGUGCAGACAUCCCAUCCCAAAUGAUGAAGGGUUACUGUUCGAGGAUCUGUGCUCCAUCACCAAUGUGGCUCUAUCCCGGACCCUGCGGCAGCUCUCCGACCUGUCCAAACACGCCUGCUCCUUAUUUCAGGAGCUUGAGAACGAAAUAGUCAACACAAACCAACGGGUUUGGGCUUUGCAGAACAAAAUAGGCAAAAUUCAGCAAACCGCCAGUGCGCUGGAUCCAAAACUGGAGGCUGUGCCGGUAUCAAAUCUGGACAUUGAGAGUAAACUGACAUCCCACUAUCAGGCUCCAUGGCAUCAACAACACAAUCUGUUCCACACUUGUACACGGCCACCGUGUCUGGAGGAGUUACACCGACAUGCCAAGCUCAACCUGCGGGCGCUGCACAGAGACCAGCAGCAGCGUCAGCGUUCAACCAGCAGAGAGCGUGGUCGGGUCACCAUAUCGAUAUCCGUGGCUCCGCCCAUGCCAACAUUCCCUUCAACUCACAAACUCAGAAGGCGGGAGCAGAGGGGCCGACACUCGCGCCUGGAGAGGAGCAUUAGAGAGAGUGAUGUGCAAACUAUCCAGAGGAAGCAGGAGAGACCAGCCAAAGAGGCUGAAUUCAAACCCGUCCUCAGAAAGUAUCAGCGCUCCCGUUCCUCCUCCCCUGUUCAGUGUUGUAACUUCAUUCCCUGGAUUAGAAAGCUGCAUUUCUUGUCAACACAGAAAAAUGGAAAUAUGGCAGUACAUGCUGGAACCAACACAGAAACAGAUGGAGAAUUGCCAGCGAUGAGCCAUAGGCCUAAAUGUCCUGUUCCCAAUGUACCUACCACCCUGGACAAACAGACCAACUGGUCCAAAGCCCUGCCUCUUCCCACGCCUGAAGAGAGAAUAAAGAAUGACUCUCAAGUGAUUUCAUCCUGUAUCAUUCCAAUAAAUGUUUCUGGUGUUGGAUUUGACAGAGAAGCCAGUGCUCGCUGCUCUCUUGUUCACUCACAGUCGGUUCUACAGAGACGGCGGAAACUGAGGAGGCGAAAAACGAUCACAGGCAUCCCCAAACGAGUUCAACAAGACAUGGAUUCUGAUGAAUCACCUGUGGCUAGAGAGAGAACAGUAAUCAUCCAUGCCAACCCAAACAAGUCACUGUGGCAUGAGGACCUCUCCCUGAGUGGCCGAGUAUUGCACACCAAGGACUCUGGCUGUCAGACAGAUGACUUCUUGAUUGCUGCUCCAUCCCGGAGGCGUAUCCGUGCCCAGAGGGGUCAGGGAAUUCCAGCUUCUCUCUCACACUCCACUGGAAACAUCACCUCCCUGCCGGAUCGCUCUGAUACUGUGUAUGCUGCAGCGUCAGCCACUCGUGUCCGUUCUAGAAGUCUACCACGUGAGGGUGGCCGGCUUCUGGAUGAGGACCAAGAUGACAGUGAUGAUGAUGAUGACGAUGAUGAUGACGAUGAAGAGGAAGAUGAAGAACUCUCUCCGUAUGAAGCUGAGGACUUCCUACCAGGUCCAGGACAGAGAAUUCCAAAAGAUGAGGAAGAGAGUACUGAUGAUCAGGCCAUGCCAGAGCUCCAGUUUGGGAGUCUUAAGCGUAUGCAGCAUUCGGAGAGCCCUGACCACACAUGGAUUGAGAGAGGUAGAUCCAGACUCCCACGCAAAGUUGAUAUGGGCAGCUGUGAGAUUUCCUCCAGCUCUGAUACUUUCAGCAGCCCCAUCCACUCAGCCUCCACUACAGGAGUGCUUGGCAGCCAGAUGGACCAUAAAGAGGAUCACCAGUCCUCAAGUGGCAACUGGAGUGGAAGCAGCUCCACUUGCCCAUCGCAGACGUCUGAAACUCUUCCGCCUGCUGCCUCUCCUCCCUUGACUGGAUCCUCACACUGUGAUUCAGAGCUCUCCCUCAAUACUGGGUCCCAUGUCAUUGAUGACACCACUGGCUUCAUAAUUGAUCCCUACCACAUUGACAAGCCACAAGGACAGGGGCAACGAUCCAAUUCUUUUACCUCAUCGGCUACUGAUCAGAUGGAUGAUGCAGGGGUCAGCACUGCAAGUGAUGGUGAGUGGAACUGUGCCCAGGACCAGCAGGAUCAGCCCUGCCCCCAAGACUUCAGCCCAAAGCAUUCCAGAGAGGAUGAGAGUGGCGUUAGCUGCCCCAGUUAUUCUAGUGGGGAAACUUACGAGAGCUUCAGUGACCAAGCAUCCGCUAGGAAAUCUGAGAUGCACUACGUUGUUGACACUGAAGGAUUCUAUUCCUCCAUGCACUUUGACUGUGGUCUUAAGGGUAGCAGAAGCUACUACAACUAUGCAGCCAUUGACCCUGACUGUGGCCCAAGUGGAAAUAUAGCACCUGGCAUGGGUGAGUACCCUCAGUCAGAGUACAGAGCCACCAGGACACUGGGCAGACCAUGUCUCUCCUUAAAAAAACCAAAGGCCAAGCCACCCCCACCAAAACGUAGCUCUUCAUUAAAGGAAACAAGCAGUGGUGUAAACAUUCUAGAGCAGGACAAACCAAAGAUUACUUGCGAGUUGCCACUGCCCUUGUCUUCCAGGGAGAUGACACUGCAGCUGGACUUGGCUGGUUCUGCAGGGCACCUUGACACUGCAGGUCUUGAGUCACUUGGUGCAUGGGGAGUGGAGAAUGUUAGGGACAUGCUUGACUGCUCAUCUCCAUUCAGUUCCUCGGACACGCAUUCCUUCAAGGAUGAAGGUGCUGUGCAAGCAGACUAUGCAGACCUUUGGCUCCACAAUGACUUGAAAUCAAAUGACCCUUACCGGUCUCUGUCCAACUCUAGCACUGCUACGGGUACAACUGUUAUUGAAUGCAUCAAGUCACCAGAAUGUGCAGAAAUGCAAGCCUGUCAACCCAGGUCCAGACCUACUUCUCCAACUCUUCCUCCACCUGAAGGUGACUUCAAGCUGGCUUCCCCUGAAAAGUUGGUGGGAUUAGCGUCCCCUUCCAGUGGAUAUUCUAGUCAGUCGGAAACACCUACAUCUUCCUUCCCCUCAGCUUUCUUCCCAGGGCCCCUGUCUCCAACCAGUGGCAAAAGGAAACCCAAAGUCCCUGAAAGAAAGUCCUCACUUUGUUCCCUACAGCAGUCACAGCUUUCAGUCCGAGACCCAGGCAUUUCCUCCAGGAGGGACAUUGACUUCCAUGCUAUACCCCCCAGUCACCUCGACCUAAAUGCUCUUCACAGCAAGCACUUUUCUCACAGAAAUCAGAUGCACAUCCUCCACCAGAAUAAGCAGAAGGCUGCCAUAGCUGCAGCUGCUGCUGCAGAAGCCCGCUCUGCAGCUGUCGCUGCAGCUGCUGCGGCUGCAGAGGCUCGCACUGCAGCUUCUACUUCAGAGAGUGCAACAAGCACAAUACUUAGCUCAGCCCAUUUGGCCAUCACUCCAACUGUUCUUAGAUCAGUCCAACUACGAUCUAUUUGUAGACCAGCUGAGGGGAACCAAGGGUAUGAUCUGGCCAGUGCAAAUCCAGUAACUCGUCCCAAGUGUCCCACAAUAAUAACUGAUGCCCCAUCCAUUAACAACAGGCACAACAGGAAACCACCAGCCUACAAGCCCCCUGCACCACCGCUCUGUGAAUCACAGGUUCCACCGGUCGAAAGUGUUAUUCUUCCCCAGGAUGAAAUUAAAGUGAGACAGGAGAGGCUUGGUCCUGGCACAUACUGGGCAAUGACUGCUUUCAGAACUCCUGUAGUAGACCCUACUCCUGAAAAAGAAGACUCUUCGACAAGGUCAUCUCAAGGUCCUGAGCAAGAACAAGACAGCAGAAAGUACCCAGAUGUGCAACUGACAUUGUCACCAGAGAGACUAAAACAAGAUCUAAGUCAACUAUCGCGGCCAGACCCUUCAGCACAGCCCGUGUGUUCGGCCAGCACAAUGCCUCCCCCUGCUUACAGUGAAAUACAGAGGAGCAAUUAUGUACUGUGCAACAGUCCUGACAAAGUGCCUGUUUCAACUCAAGAGGCAUCGCACACUUACACAAUCAGCGAUGUACAAGGCCGAGAAGAGGAUUAUGAGACAUCAGGUGUCACAACCAGAAGUGCCUCACAGGACAUAAGGGAAGAAGGGUCGACCCCGGAUACAGAGGACUACUUCAGCAAGGAAUCAACUCCCAGUGACAAUUCAACCUCUCCUUUGACCGAUGACUCUAAACCUGAUGAUGAUAAUGUUUUCCCAUCCCCCAACAAACUACGCACAACUGAAGAUCUGUUUGCCAUGAUACACCGAUCUAAAAGGAAAGUGCUGGGACGUAAAGACUCCGGGGAGAUGAGUGGAAAAAGUCGGCCUGGUGUAGCACCUGCAACUGCCCCUGUCAGCAAUCCUACUGUAUGCCCGGUCACCCCAGCUGCCUCAAUCUCUUCAAACUGCUCCCAGCGAGCCUCAGGACCCAUCUACAGGAGUGCCAAAAAGUCCAGUACAUCCAGUGAGGAGUUCAAACUCCUGCUGCUAAAGAAGGGUAGUCGCUCAGACUCGAGUUACCGCAUGUCUGCUACGGAGAUCCUUAAGAGCCCCAUCACACCCAAGACUCAAGCAGAGCUGCUAUUAGAGGCCGCAAGGCCACCAGAGGAGCCCCCCUUACCCCUUCAGGAUUCCACUAGCAGUGGCGAUCCACUUCCAAGCCAAUUCCCUAAGGCCAACAGUGAAGGAUUCUCCCCAAAAACACUAACCAUGUCAGCUGCCUCCAGACAGGGACGUUCCAGAAUUCCACCUGCGGCAAACAGCAGUCGCUAUAGCACGCGGAGUCGACUGUACACUGCCCCAAUGCAGGCCAUAUCAGAGGGAGAGACUGAGAACUCAGAUGGAAGUCCACACGAUGACCGAUCCUCUUAGUGGUAUAAUCACUUUUUUUAACCACUUAUCGAAAUGAUAAAUCUUUUAUAAUAUGAAAACAUUCUAUUUGAACUGUAUGAGAGUGCUGUUCACAUAUUAUUAUCUACCUUAGUUUUCUCCCCUGAUGUUUGUGGUUUGAAAAAAAAAAGUUAAUUUCUAAAAGCUCCUUUUGUAUUCCAUAUGUCAGCUGAAAACUCGGAAGAAGAACUCGAAUUUUUCGCAUUACCAUUUAUCAUUGAGAGCUAUGAUUUUCAUCAUAAUCCCACACUUUUAUGCUCACAAAAUGGGUUGUCAAUAGAUAUCAUUUUAAUAUAGAAAUCAAUCACAAAUUUACAUAAAUAUGUGGAUGCUUUUUAGGGACAAUCGCACCAUGGCCUUUCUAAGCGGGGUGUCUAAGUGUGCAAGGGGAAAGAUUUCAGAGAAGAAGAAAGCUAGAAAUGUUAUGAACUUAGUUCUAAUAGUGGACUGGUUUGCAAAACCAUCAGUUCCUUUGCACUCUGGUUAAUUAUACCUUGAAAUAUACAACCUGGAUGUACUGUUAAAUAACAAGGCAAGCAGGCAAAAGUAAUCCAGUUUUAGUUUUGAGUUUAGAGUAAUGCAAUGGGACAUAUGUGGUAUGUGUGCGUGAGAGACUCUUCAUGCUGUAUGAAUCUCAAAAUGUCAAACAGCAUUCCAACAACUGUUAAGAAAACUAAUUUAAUCCUUUUUAGUUUACCUUUUCUUCAAAGACCCAAAUUGGGUUGUGUAUUUUGUCACAAUUUUCAGGUGUCAUCAUGUAUAUUUACUUAACCAACCAACAUGGAGAAGAAGAAGAAGAAAUGAGGACCUCAAUCUCAAUGUAUUCUGUGAAUACCCUUAAAAUCAAACAUACUGUUCAUUUGAAGAAGAAGAAAUGAUUCACUUUUAAAGUGAAACUCUUCGGAGUGGGAGGUCUUCUCGGAGUUCAAAACUCAUAGGAAUUAGCUAGAUUUGUCAAGCCUACACUGUGCCACUGAAGGGAAGGUGACAAGCUGUGAAAAGAUCGAUUUUUUUUGGUCAUCUGUCUCUGAAGAACGCUCUUUCACUGUGGUCGUAAUUCAGUUUGUUCAUCCUCUGUACAGCAUGCAAUAAAACACUAGAACAUGUCACAUCUCCACUUAAAAUGUAUUUCCACCUUCACUUGAAUUUGUUGAGUAUGUGCUAUGUUCAGUAAAUGUACAAAAUGUAUAAGAUUUGUUGAAAUUUGAAGUUUUACAUCACUGUAUACACAGUUUGAGCUUUUUCCCUUAAGUGGAGGAACUGGACAAUCUAAUCUAAUGAAGCACUAUUCGUGUACAGCUGAGUUUUGAAAGAACAGACUGAGGCGUAAGAGAGUAUUAAGGGGCCGUUUUGUUGAAAUGAUGAUAGAAUUAUAUUUAGGAAGUAAUGUAAUGCGAGUACUGAUUUAUAUCUCAAUCUCUGGGAUAUAGAUAAAACGACUGCGAAAAGGCAGCGGUGGUUUAUUGCUCAUCUGUAUAUACAUGGAUGAUUGACAUAAUAUUUCAGCCUUGUUUCUGAACUGUUGUUGAUUUGUCAUGUACUGUCAUGUCUAAGAGGUUUGAGAAUUGAAUUCUUUUUGUUUUAUACCAGUAGAGAAACCUUCCAGGAUAUUCUGAGACACUAACAGAACUAACAGAUAUUUUCUCAUAAAAUAGGAGCUGCAAUGUGCCACGUCUUAUUUCUCCUUUAAUACAACCCUGUCUGAUGGUUGUCGCAAUUAGCUUUGCUUUAUAACUACAGAAUUUUGGAAAUACAGACUACUUUUUUCCUUUGUGUCCAUGUACUAGAACUAAAUCUAUGAAAUCUUCUUUUAGAUUGCAACAUUUAAUAGAAAAAAAAGUAUUUUUAAUUAUGGGAUAUUUUAUCCAGAGAAUUAUUUUGUUAAUAAAUUUGGAAAAGAAUAAUGAUAAAGCUUUAUUUAAAUAAAAUAAGAAAAAAGUAUUUCAUAUCAGGGGUGUAUCAGCCAAUGAUGAAGAUACCGAACUUGUAAACAUUUCUAAUUAGCUGUAAACUUGCAUUCUGAACAAAUAAGCUAUUCUAUAUGUUAUACAACUGUAGUUAAAUGUUUUGGUGCUUUGAAUUCUAUACCCAGGCCAUAUUCUGUCAUUGUUGCCAUUUGGGGGGGGGCGAAAUGUCAUUGACAUCAUCAGUUUUCUUUUCAUAUUUUUCUCUCUGUGCUUGUGAUGCAAUUGCAGUCAUGAAAACAACACUCGUGACAACUCAAAAAUUCAGAUAUGUAGCAAUGAUUGUGUCUUUUGUUUCAUUUCAAUUUUCACUACACAACUGUAGCCACAUUCAAAGUAUCAACCUAGUUACCUGUAGUGAAGCUUACCGGUCAGUUUAGGCCUUAUUUGCUAAAUAUUACAGAAACACAUAAAGGGAAAUCACAAGGAUAUCUGCAUCAUAGUUAUUUUACCUCAGCUUUGGACUGUUUAAAACCGGCACAAGGUACUACACAAAAAUUACCAUAUCAAAAAAGAAAGAAAAAAAGUGUGACAGGAAACAAAAAGACACUACACAGAAUAGUUAUUUUAUGGGUGAAAUAUCAUUAUUCAUCUUGGACUAUUUCUCAGUUUUUCAUUUUUCUUGUUGAAAUUCUCUGCAUUUAUGGACAAGCACAGUCUUUUUUUGCCAAAGGGUUUCAAAUGGUGUAAAAUGAAUUACAAAUUAUAAUAAAUUAAUUGAACAAAUAAUACAAAUUGAGGGUUAAAGUAAAAAUGUCUAUGGAUAAGAUGCAUCUCAUUCAGUUACAAUAAACAGGAAGCAAAUCUCACUCUGCAUACAAGCUUCACUUCAAGAGAUUUGAAUCCAUUUUGUAUUUUUGUAUAAACAUGUACAUAUAAUCUUUUUAAAGUGAAAAAAGAGAAAAGACACUGUUUCAUUUUGUAAAAUGUUUUAAAAGUUUACAUUAAUUCCAAGCCUUUGUAUAUUUUUUGAGCUGUGCGACUCUCUCAGUCCUGUAUUUAUUUUUUAGUAAACAUUGUGGGAAUUCCAUUGUAAAUUUGAACCAUUUCUUGCCAGCUCAAGUGACUGCUUAGUAACUGUGCAUAGAGAAAGCCAAUAAAUGUGACUGCAUUGAAAAAUAA